UAUGGUGUGUACACUUCUCAGGUUCGUGUGGCACGUAAGCUAGCUAGCUCGGAAGGUGUUCGACCAUGGUGGGGCAGCAGCAGGUGGCCGACGCGGCGGCGACGGCGGCGAGGAGGGUGCCGGUGCCGCCGGCGAAGCCGCUGCUCCGGACGGUCGGGGCGAACCUGAUGGAGGUGUUCUUCCCCGACGACCCGUUCCGCGCGGUGGCGCGGGACCAGGGCGGCGGGCGGCGGGCGCUCGCCGCGCUCCGGUACGUGUUCCCGUUCCUGGAGUGGCUGCCGUCGUACACGCUGGGCGAGCUCUGGGCCGACGUCGUCGCCGGCGUCACCGUCGCCAGCCUCGCCGUGCCGCAGGGCAUCAGCUACGCCAAGCUCGCCGACCUCCCUCCCAUCAUGGGGCUAUACUCGAGCUUCGUGCCGGCGCUGGUGUACGCGGCGAUGGGGAGCUCGAGGGAGCUGGCGGUGGGGACGACGGCGGUGGGGUCGCUGCUGUUCGCGGCGAUGCUGGGGGAGGAGGCGCCGCCGGGGGAGAAGCCGGAGCUGUACGCGGCGCUGGCGUUCACCGCGACGUUCUUCGCCGGCGCGCUCCAGGCGGGGCUCGGCGUGCUCCGCCUCGGCUUCGUCGUCGACCUCCUGUCGCACGCCGCCAUCGUCGGGUUCAUGGGCGGCGCGGCCACCGUGGUGUGCCUGCAGCAGCUGAAGGGCAUGCUCGGCCUCCGCCACUUCACCACCUCCACCGAUGUCGUCGCCGUCGUCCGCUCCGUCGUCACGCAGUCGCACCUGUGGCGGUGGCAGAGCGUCGUGCUCGGCGGCGCCAUCCUCUUCUUCCUGCUCCUCGUUCGCUUCAUCGGAAAGAGGAAGCCUAGGUUGUUCUUGCUGUCGGCGGCGGCGCCGCUGAUGUCGGUCAUCUUCGGGAGCCUUCUGGUGUACCUCGUCCAUGGCGAGAACCAUGGCAUCCAAGUGAUUGGCGCCCUGAAGAAGGGGAUAAACCCGCCGUCGGCGAGGGAUCUCCUCCUGUCGUCGCCGCACACGGCGGUCGCGCUCAAGACCGGGAUCAUCACCGGCAUCAUCGGCCUCGCCGAAGGAAUCGCGGUCGGGAGGAGCUUCGCCAUGCUCAAGAACUACAACGUCGACGGCAACAAGGAGAUGGUCGCCUUCGGGCUCAUGAACAUCGUCGGCUCCUGCACCUCCUGCUACCUCACCACCGGCCCGUUCUCGAGGUCGGCGGUGAACAGCAACGCCGGGUCGAGGACGGCGAUGUCGAACGCCGUGAUGGCGGCGGCGGUGGCGCUGACGCUGCUGUUCCUGACGCCGCUCUUCCACUACACGCCGCUGGUGGUGCUCUCGGCCAUCAUCAUCUCGGCGAUGCUCGGCGUCCUCGACUUCGGUGCCGCCGCCCGCCUCUGGAGGGUCGACAAGAUCGACUUCUGCGUCUGCGUCGGCGCCUACCUCGGCGUCGUCUUCGGCAGCAUCCAGAUCGGGCUCGCCAUUGCGGUUGGGAUAUCGAUUCUCCGGAUCCUACUGUUCGCCGCGAGGCCGAAGACGACGGUCCUCGGGAAGAUCCCCAGCUCGACGAACUUCAGAAGGAUGGACCAGUACACGGCGGCGCAGGCCGUGCCGGGAUUGCUCGUGCUUCGCAUCGACUCGCCGAUCUACUUCACCAACGCGAGCUACCUGCGGGAGAGGAUCAUGCGAUGGAUCAGCUACGAGGAGGACCGGAUCAAGGCCGAGGGUCUGGAGAGCUUGAAGUGUCUCGUCUUGGACAUGGGUGCCGUUGCUGGCAUGGACACGAGCGGCACGAAGAUGCUGGAAGAUCUCAAGAAGAACCUGGACAGGAGUGGUGUUCAGAUUGCGUUGGCGAACCCGGGGAGUGAGAUCAUGAGGAAGCUGGACAAAUCGGACGUUCUCGGGCUCAUCGGAGACGAGUGGAUCUUCCUGACAGUGGGAGAGGCGUGUGACUACGCACAGCGAACCUGCAAGAUAGGGAUCGGGAUGGACGUCGUCGAGUGUGUAGCAGUAGUAGAUCCUGAAGAUAUGGUCUGAAACUCUGAAAAUAGAUUGUGCAGUAGCUCCUGAAACACAUGGUGGUCUGAAUUCUGAAACUCUGAAAUAGAAUAUUCAGUGUUUCAUGAAUGGAAUAGUCUGGAUGUGGUCUUAA